AUUGUGGCCGGCGGCAGGGCGGGCGAGGGCGCGGAGCCGCGGGGAGCGGCAGGGCGCAGAGGGAAGCACACACCCCACUCGGACAGACUUCGCGGCGCGGCCGCUACGAGCGCCGCUGAGCGCACUCCACUGGGAUCGCACAACUUCGGAGCAGGGCGCGGACGGCGCUCGCAGCGGGAGAGCGCGGAAAGGGCGCACCAGAGCCGGGAUCCCCAGCGGCGUCCGACUCCCGGAGCGCUCCUAGUCGCCGGGCGGCCUCCCGGCGCUGCGCGGUUGCCUCUGCGCCUACGGAGGGCACGGGCUGGCGCUGCCGGGCGCCUGCGAGAACGGCGAGGCGGCGGCGAAGGCGAAGGCGGCGAGGCUGGGGACCGGGAAAGAACCCCGAGGGAGAGGCGCCCGGGCCGGGGGACAGGAGCAUGAGGGCCCGGAGCGGGGUGCGGAGCGCGCUGCUGCUGGCGCUGCUGCUUUGCUGGGAUCCGACACCGAGCCUAGCAGGCGUUGACUCUGCUGGCCAGGUGCUCCCAGACUCCUACCCAUCAGCCCCUGCGGAGCAGCUGCCGUACUUCCUAUUGGAGCCACAGGACGCCUACAUCGUAAAGAACAAGCCAGUGGAACUGCACUGCAGAGCCUUCCCUGCCACGCAGAUCUACUUCAAGUGUAAUGGCGAGUGGGUCAGCCAGAAUGACCACGUCACACAGGAGAGCCUGGAUGAGGCCACAGGCUUGCGGGUGCGAGAGGUGCAGAUCGAGGUGUCACGGCAGCAAGUGGAGGAACUCUUCGGGCUCGAGGACUACUGGUGCCAGUGCGUGGCCUGGAGCUCUUCGGGAACUACCAAGAGUCGCCGAGCCUACAUCCGCAUUGCCUACUUGCGCAAGAACUUUGACCAGGAGCCUCUGGCCAAGGAGGUACCCUUGGAUCAUGAGGUCCUUCUGCAGUGCCGCCCACCGGAGGGAGUGCCUGUGGCUGAGGUGGAAUGGCUCAAGAAUGAAGAUGUCAUUGACCCCGCUCAGGACACUAACUUCCUGCUCACCAUUGACCACAACCUCAUCAUCCGCCAGGCGCGCCUCUCAGACACGGCCAACUACACCUGUGUGGCCAAGAAUAUCGUGGCCAAGCGCCGGAGCACCACGGCCACAGUCAUCGUCUAUGUGAAUGGAGGCUGGUCCAGCUGGGCAGAGUGGUCACCCUGUUCCAAUCGCUGUGGCCGAGGCUGGCAGAAGCGUACUCGGACCUGCACCAAUCCAGCCCCACUCAAUGGAGGCGCCUUCUGUGAGGGACAGGCCUUCCAGAAGACAGCUUGCACCACCGUGUGCCCAGUGGAUGGAGCGUGGACCGAGUGGAGCAAGUGGUCUGCCUGCAGCACAGAGUGUGCGCACUGGCGCAGCCGCGAGUGCAUGGCACCGCCACCCCAGAACGGAGGCCGUGACUGCAGCGGGACGCUACUUGACUCCAAGAACUGCACUGAUGGGCUGUGCGUGCUGAAUCAGAGAACUCUAAACGACCCUAAAAGCCACCCCCUGGAGACAUCGGGAGAUGUGGCACUGUACGCAGGCCUUGUGGUGGCCGUCUUUGUGGUGGUAGCGGUUCUCAUGGCCGUGGGAGUGAUCGUAUACCGGAGAAACUGCCGGGACUUCGACACGGACAUCACCGACUCCUCUGCGGCCCUCACUGGUGGCUUCCACCCUGUCAACUUCAAGACUGCAAGGCCCAACAACCCGCAGCUCCUGCACCCGUCCGCCCCUCCAGACCUAACGGCCAGUGCUGGCAUCUACCGCGGGCCUGUGUAUGCCCUGCAGGACUCCGCCGACAAGAUCCCCAUGACUAAUUCGCCCCUGCUGGAUCCCCUGCCCAGCCUCAAGAUCAAGGUCUAUAACUCCAGCACCAUCGGUUCUGGGUCUGGCCUGGCUGAUGGAGCCGACCUGCUGGGUGUCCUCCCGCCGGGCACGUACCCAGGCGAUUUCUCCCGGGACACCCAUUUCCUGCACCUGCGCAGUGCCAGCCUUGGUUCCCAGCACCUCCUGGGCCUACCUCGGGACCCCAGCAGCAGUGUCAGCGGCACCUUUGGUUGCCUGGGAGGAAGGCUGAGCCUCCCCGGCACAGGGGUCAGCCUGUUGGUACCAAAUGGAGCCAUUCCCCAGGGCAAGUUCUAUGACCUGUAUCUACAUAUCAACAAGGCCGAAAGCACCCUCCCACUUUCAGAAGGUUCCCAGACAGUAUUGAGCCCCUCGGUGACCUGUGGGCCCACAGGCCUACUCCUGUGCCGCCCUGUCGUCCUCACCGUGCCCCACUGUGCUGAAGUCAUCGCUGGAGACUGGAUCUUUCAGCUCAAGACCCAGGCCCAUCAGGGCCACUGGGAGGAGGUGGUGACCUUGGAUGAGGAGACCCUCAACACACCCUGCUACUGCCAGCUGGAGGCUAAGUCCUGCCACAUCCUGCUGGACCAGCUGGGUACCUACGUAUUCAUGGGCGAGUCCUACUCUCGCUCUGCAGUCAAGCGGCUCCAGCUGGCCAUCUUCGCCCCAGCCCUCUGCACCUCCCUGGAGUAUAGCCUCAGGGUCUACUGUCUGGAGGACACACCUGUAGCACUGAAGGAGGUCCUGGAGCUGGAGAGGACUCUGGGUGGCUACUUGGUGGAGGAGCCCAAGCCUUUGCUCUUUAAGGACAGUUACCACAACCUACGCCUCUCCCUCCAUGACAUCCCCCAUGCCCACUGGAGGAGCAAACUACUGGCCAAGUACCAGGAGAUUCCCUUCUACCACGUCUGGAAUGGCAGCCAGAGAGCCCUGCACUGCACUUUCACCCUGGAGAGGCAUAGCCUGGCCUCCACGGAGUUCACCUGUAAGGUCUGCGUGCGGCAGGUCGAAGGGGAAGGCCAGAUUUUCCAGCUGCACACAACGUUGGCCGAGACGCCUGCUGGCUCCCUGGAUGCUCUCUGCUCUGCCCCGGGCAAUGCCAUCACCACCCAGCUGGGACCCUAUGCCUUCAAGAUACCCCUGUCCAUCCGCCAAAAGAUCUGCAGCAGCCUGGACGCCCCCAACUCCCGGGGCAACGACUGGAGGCUGUUGGCGCAGAAGCUGUCCAUGGACCGGUACCUAAACUACUUCGCCACCAAAGCUAGUCCCACAGGUGUCAUCUUAGACCUCUGGGAAGCUCGGCAACAGGAUGACGGGGACCUCAACAGCCUGGCCAGUGCCUUGGAGGAGAUGGGCAAGAGUGAGAUGCUGGUAGCCAUGGCCACAGAUGGCGAUUGCUGAGUGCCUGUGACCACAGGCCUGUGGGGAUCAGUAGGAGACGGUGCAAGGAGGCCUGGCAGCCUCUGCACAGGGGUGCCCAGCCUCCACCACUCCUGGCUCACAGCAGGAAUGGUCCUUCAACUCCCUCCCCGCCACAACCCUCAGACCACCACCACCAGCCUUAGAAAGUCUCUGUGCUCUACUGCCAAGAGGCCGGGAUCCUCUGGCCCACUGUUUCCCCAGCUCACUCUGGGGUGGGCUGAGGCCUCUGGGACAGCUGAAAGCCAGAGGCUUUCCCCUGCGACAACACACCACCCUCAGCCCUGUGACUUUGGGGACCCACAGGUUUCAAUUCUGUGUUCACAUGGUCCUGGGCUAGGGACCGCUCUCUUAUCCCGGGUCGAGUUCAGUUCAGGCAAACUGCUUUUUCCUGUCCACAAGCAGAGAGGGAAGAUUAGGGGAGUGGGGGUGGGGGGUGGGGGAUGAGCCUCAGAAGUCAGCGAGACUCAGGUAGUGAGAGAGCAAAAACAGUAAGGGCAAAGAAAGACCCAGUUUCUUAGGGAACGCAAAUGAUUUAUUAUCCAGAUACUUGGAUAGUUCCUUUUUAAGAAAACAAAACAAACAAAAAAAAGUAAGAAAAGGAAAAAAAAAACCUUUUAUCCUUGAAUGUGGCUAAGAGUGGCUAUGCUUGUGAUUUGGGCCAUAGGCGAGUGCACUUGUGGACACAUGUGUGUGUGGGUGUGGUCAAUAAGAGACUGCACAGGGAAAGGCUUUGCUAUGUCAAGGCCUCAGUUUCCCCAGCUGUGCAGGGAGCUGAGACAGGGUUUUAGCCAUGGCCCUGAGUUCUAAAGUCACAAGCAGAAGCUGGGGCCUGGUGGCCUUCGUCCUCUCCGGAGCCCCCUGCAGGUGCCCUUCUGUGGCCUCCUCUGGCUUUGGAGGGUCCAGCUGUGGUUCUGGGAGACUGUUCAGGUCUGUUUGGUGAUUCCUGGUCUCGUGAUGGCCAAAACUCUUACUGAGAGGGAGGGGGUGUUCCAGGGAGGGCUCUCUCCCUGGGUGAGGCUGGGUGGCUCUGUGUCUAAGCUGGCACUAGCCGGUCUGCACCCCUGUGCCUCUAGCCAUCAUUUUACCCGCUGAUCUCCCUACUGGGGUCAGGAGAUAUGAAGGUAACUAAGUAGACAGCUGUAUACCCACUCUUGACCACAGCGCAUUCUGGGAUGUUCCAUGGGGCCAGUGGAAGGGAUGAAUUCUUGUCCCUUUCAGCCCACGGGCAGUGACAGGGACUAGGAUCACUGGUAUUGAUCCUAUUGAGAUGCUGACUUCCCUGAACUGCCCUUGACCAGCCUGAAAGCUUUGAAAGUUGGGGCCUCUGUGAGGAGGCAGGUUUCAUGGCCACAGACCCAGCAAGCAUCUCUGCCCUGGUUUUCCUGAAGUGGGGCUCUGAGACAGACCAAGGUGCCCCUGGCAUCUAGGUGAACAGUGCCUCAUAGAGUAGUCCUCAGCUCCUCCUGCCAAAGAUGCUCAUCCCUGUGGGCAUACUCUCACUGGUCACUGUUAGCCCGCACAUAGAAGGGGGAAGCCAAGGUGGAGCUGUGCUGUGUGACUUCAGGCACAUAACUGCUUUCUCUGGGCUUAAGUGUCCUUUUAUCCUGGGAUGCUCCACGAGGCCCCUUGGGUUCCCACGCUUCUCUGAGAAUCGAGUAGAGACAAGUUGAUUGUGGUCUGCAUGCUCUCUCCUUUGCCCGUCCUCGGAAACCUGCCUGUCUGGGACCUGAGGGAGCACUUAGUGAGCAAGUCCCAGCUUACAGUCCGACUCUUACUUAGAAGGUGCUCAGCAUCUGGGGCACAGAAGCUAGAGCUGGAGCCUGGGGUAGGGCUCUAACCAGACAGCCCAGGUAAGGUCAAGCCAACUCUGAGCUGAGCCAGACAGGGCUGUUGGGUUGGGUUUCCAUUCCUGCCUCCAAUGAGAUGAAGCCUCUCCCCUUCCCAUUCCUAGCCAGCUUGGCGUUGCUGGGUCCUGCAGGGUAUUUCUGUGUCAUCUUGGGUAGUAUGUGUGUUUGGGAGCAUGUGUGUGUGUGUGUGUGUGUGUGUGUGUGUGUGUGUGUGUGUGUGUGUGUGCAUGCCUGUGCUUUUCAACUUGGCACAUCAGGGCACCCCUCCCAGAACACGCACACCUAUCCCCACAUGUGGACAUGACCUCUGUGCCCAGGUUUGUGCCACUGGAGGUGGGCGUGCCUGUUUGCUGUCCCCGAGUCACAGUCAGUUGGUGUAUCUCCUAUGUGCCUCUCUGCUCUUCUCAAUGGGGCCAGGUGUCUGAGUUCUGGCCAUACCCCUUGAGGGACAGGGACCCUUCUUAUCCCUGGAUCUUUCAGGGCUCUCUGGUCCCCCAUCUUGAGGCUCCCAGGCAUCCGAGACAGCACCUUCCUCCCACCCUCAGAGGUCAAGUGGGUGGGAGCUCAGGUGCCGGGGUGUGGACAUGGCUGUGUGUCUGUGGGUUCUGAUAUGCAGGGGACGGUCCCGGCCCUGUUCGUCCAUUCUGUAAAUAACUUGUAAAUAGUCUUUAGCAUUCCUCUUGUAACAAGAUUAAUUUUUAUGAAAUAAAUUAUAUUUCCUAGUCUAAUUAAAAAAAAAAAAUCCA